UUAUUAUAUCUGUCAACGGCAAUGUUGACAAUUUCUUUAAUAGAGUAAUCAGGAUAUUCCACUUGGAGACAUCUGAUUAUUUCAAUAAUAGUGGAAUGGUUCUAUCGCACCAAUGUCGGUAUGCAGUAUUUCUGUUGGAUACGAAGGUAUGGGUGUUGCCUGUAACUUGGGUUUUUGUGGCUGCCGGUCGUACUUAUUACAUCCGCAAAUUUCACAUGAUUUAGUAUAUUCUUUAAUAAGUUUAGUCAUUUGUGGAAAGUAGUAUUUUUCCAAUAUCUGGUCUUUAUUUUUUUUACCAUUGCGAUGGGCUCUUUUGUGUUCUUGUUCUAUUAUUUUAAAUUUGACAUCUUCGUCUGCGAUAUCGGUAGCUACUUUCUGUGUUAUCCUGAUACGAAAUUGUGAGAAAUUUUUUUGAUAUAUUUGCUGUAGUAAUGAAAUGUGUUUCUCUUGGAUUUUAAUUCCAUUGAUUAUGUUUGGGUUUAGAAUGCUUUUCAAGAUUUUACUUAGGUUUUCUUUAUCGUAAACUUCACAUUUAAUGAGGUGUCUGUGGAAGCUUGGAUGAAGUUCUUCGUUUGUAAUUUCCUCCUUUCCUUCUGUAAAUAUAACUUGAUUUUUAAAUACGUUAAUUGGAGCUUCACAGUGAGGAAUGAGCUUUGAGCUAUCCUCUUCUGCGCUAUGUUGUGAAUUUUCAUCUGUGGAUGUUAGCGUAUUAACUUCUAUUGGCAGCCGUGAUAACGCAUCGGCGACUAUGUUUGUUUUUCCUGGUUUGUAAAUUAGUUUAUAAUUAUAUUCUUUUAUCCUUGCUUUCCACCUUUUUAACUUGGCAUUGUUAUUCUUCUUCUUCUUCUUUACUGGCGUAGACACCGCUUACGCGAUUAUAGCCGAGUCAACAACAGUGCGCCAGUCGUUUCUUCUCUUUGCUACGUGGCGCCAAUUGGAUAUUCCAAGCGAAGCCAGGUUCCUCUCCACUUGGUCCUUCCAACGGAGUGGAGGUCUUACUCUUCCUCUGCUUCCCGCGGCGGGUACUACGUCGAAUACUUUCAGAGCUAGAGUGUUUUCAUCCAUCCGGACAACAUGACCUAGCCAGCGUAUCCGUUGUCUUUUAAUUCGCUGAACUAUGUCAAUGUCGUCGUAUAUCUCGUACAGCUCAUCGUUCCAUCGAAUGCGAUAUUCGCCGUGGCCAACGCGCAAAGGACCAUAAAUCUUUCGCAAAACUUUUCUCUCGAAAACUCGCAACGUCGACUCAUUGGUUGUUGUCUUCGUCCAAGCCUCUGCACCAUAUAGCAGGACGGGAAUUAUGAGCGACUUAUAGAGUUCGGCUUUUGUUCGUCGAGAGAGGACUUUACUUUUCAAUUGCUAUUACUGUUGCUUAAUGCAAACGUCAGCUAGUGAUCAGUAAUAAUAUCUUUAAUCUUUAGCUCCAUACAGGUAAGUCCUUAAUUUGUCGAGGGACCAUACUAUGGCUAGCAUUUAUUUCUCUAUUGUCGAGUAAUUCUCUACGGUUUUAUUGAGUGAUCUAGAGAUGUAAGUUAUGGGUCAGUCUUGACCGAUUAUCCCUUGUGAAAGGACUGCUCCGAUUGCAGUAUUGGAAGCAUCUGUCGUCAGAAUAAAGGGUUUGUUGAAGUCUGGGAAUACCAGAAUUUCAGAAAAUGUAAGCAAAUAUUUUAUGUCAUUAAAUGAUUUCAAGCCUUCCUCCGUUAGUGAAAUUUUUAUCCGUUUGGAUUGACUUGCUUUUAUUUGAGCAUUUUCACCUCUAGUAAAAUUGGUAAGUGGCUUGACAAUUUUGGCAAAGUUUUUUAUAAAUCUCCUAUAAUACGAUGCUAAACCCAGGAAACCUUUUAAUUCCUUAAGGUUAGCAGGUGCGAGAAUUUUUUUAAUAGCGGAUAUUUUGUCAGGAUCUGGCAAAAUACCUUCGCCGGUAACGAUAUGACCUAGAAAAUUUACUUCUGUUCUAAAAAAAUUGGAUUUUUCCAGAUUGACUUUUAAAUUUGAUUUGUACAAAAGCAUGAACACAUCUUCAAUAUUUCGUAAGUGUUCCCCUUUAGUUUUUCCCUUUAUUAUAAAGUCAUCGAUAUAAACGUAGCAGGCUUUUCCCAUACGCGUUUUGAGAACAUCAUUGAUCAUUCUCUGAAAAAUGGAAGGGGCAUUUUUAAGACCGAAUGGCAUUUACCAUUGGCUGUAGAAAAAGCUGACUUUUCUAUGUCCUUUUCCUUCAUCCUGAUUUGGUGGAAUCCGGAUGUAAGGUCGAGUGUAGUAAAAUACUUACAUUCGCCUAAGCUAGCGAGAGUGUUGUUUAUAUCAGGUAUUGGAUAGAAAUCAGGUAUAGUUAUUGCGUUUAGGCGUUUAAAAUCAACAACUACUUUUUUUCUCCUGAUCGCCCCGUAGGUUGGUUGGGUAAGGAUAUGAUUUUGUAUAUAUCGCUUCUUCACUUGUUGUUCUAAUUUCUGCCAAUAGAGUUGUGUCGAUUGUCCCACUGUCGGAGACUGUGUAAUGAAGGAAAAAUUCCCGCAUUAUUGUGAGAAAAUCUUCAUUAUUAUUGUUAGUUUAUACAAAGAAUUAUUUUUCACUUUUUAGUUUGAUAUGCUUUAAAAGCGUGUUUUUUAGUUUUUUUAAACUAUAUUUAUUUUUACUUUUUUAGUUUGGUGUGAGAAACCCCAAAUUUGUUAAAAUAUAAACUAUGACAUGUAUAGGGCAGUGGCGGAUCCACGGGAUCCCCUUGGAACCGCAGAAACUGAAAAUGUCACUUGUUUGCUAGAAAAAUAUUCUCUGCAAUAAAAAAUGAAAAUACAACAGUGACACUCUUCUCACCAAAUACACUAUGGAAAUCACAACAAGAUACUAUCAGAAAUUGCAUUAUAUGACCUGUCUCAACGCCUAUGGGACAAAUAUCGCCUGAUUGUAACGUUAUUUCUUCUUAUUUUCUGUAUGUGCAUACAUAUCGAGAAUGAUAGAAAAGAGAUUACGCAUUGCGCAGGUCCGUUAUAGUUGCAAAAUGUAAACAAACAAUUGCUUACGUCACACGGCGCAGUAAAAUAUUUGACAGCUAUAAAUUCGUGGUAGAAAUCAGUGUGAAUAGAGAAACAAUUUAUUUUAAAAGUAUAAUUUUGUAUUUAAAUAAAAAAUGAAGUGUGUUGUGAAAAACUGUGUUAAUGAUAGAAGGAAUAAAAAUGUGAAGAAAACAUUUUUUAUGUUUCCGAACGACAAAGGGCAGCAAAAAAAGUGGAUCCAAUUUUGCAGAAAUACUCAAGCAUUUAAGCCGAAAACAUGGCGAAUUUGCAUGGACCACUUCAACGAUGAAGAUAUUAUUGGAAACGGGAUGUUCGAAAUGGGCCUUGCCGCCAAAAGGACGUUGAAACCAGGAGCUAUUCCCUGUCGCUAUAACGUUUCAGCUUGUGAAAAUGAGCAGCGAGCCACCAGAGCUAAGCGCAGGGAAAAUAAGAAAAUAGUGACUUCCUUGCUGAUAAAUGUUGACCAACAUCAAGAAGUGCGAGAAGAGUGUAUACCUGCUGAAGAUGUUAACGUAACUGAGGAUUGUGCAGACCUUUCAAUGGAACAUAGUUUCAAUGAAUUGUGCACUGAAGACGCUGCUAUUAAGGAAAUAAAAAUGCUAGAGAAAAAAGUAAUACUACUUCAAACUGAAAAUAAAAAACUUAAAGACGAUUUUCGCAUGCCAAGCGCAAACUUGAAUAUGAAAUAGGCGAGUUAAAAGUAAAACUAGCUAAAUCUGAGUUUUACUACAAAAAUGUUGAAGAAAAGUUAAAGAGGAUUUUUAUGGACGGUCAGAUAAAAAAAAUUGAAAAACGGAUCCAAAAGGCAAAUUUGGACGCAGACUGACAUAGCCAACUCCAUUACACUAUAUUCUGCUAGUGCAAAAGGAUAUAGACUUUUAAGAAGAUACAAUUUUCCGCUUCCAGCAGUUCGCACGCUUCAGUCAUGGGCUCAGAAGGUGGAAAUAGACCGCGGCAUUUUAAAGCCGGUUGUUCAAGUUCUUGGUGAAACUAGGCAUAUGACCAAAGAACAAAAACUUUGCGUUUUAAGUUUCGACGAAGCCAAGCUACGAGAAGUUUUUUGUUACGACAAAGUAUCCGAUACUGUCUUACCACCUCUUAAGAAUGUUCAAGUCGGAAUGCUUAGAGGUUUGUGGUUUAUAAAAUACAUACAAAUAUGUACUUUCCUUUACCUACAUCCUGUGCAAAUAGAACUUACAAUAUUCAAAUCGUUUUUGCAGGUCUUGUUGGAAAUUAGAAACAACCAAUUUUUUACGAUUUUGACCGCUAUAUGACGACAGAUAUUAUUAACGAUAUAAUUAAAACAGCGAAAAACUGUGAAUACAACGUUGUUGGUAUUAUUUGCGAUAUAGGUGGAACCAACAGAAGCCUUUUAAAUAGCUUAAAUAUUAGCCCAGAAAAACCAUGGUAGGUGCAUUUAUUAAGCUGACUAUUUGCAAUUCUUUGUAAGAGAUUACAGUAUUUUUUCUUUGGAGUUUUUCAUGUUUAAAGAGAUUGAGGUAUAAGUAUUUAUAAUUU